AUGCCAUCGUCCCCCAUCUACCAAGCGGUUCCCAUUCAAGAGAAUGAGCCUCAGGCACGAACAUCCCGGUCUCUACUUGCUACUGUCAUGCUGACAAUCUGUGUGGUUUCCUUUGUUCUUCAAACAGAGCUAGCACAGUAUGUCCAACGAACCACCAACUAUCAAAAGCCUUAUUUCAUUCUAUGGGUCGGUCACUGUGGAUACAUCUUUAUGGGAGUCUUGCAGCUGGUAGCCGAAUGUAUUGCUCGACGACACAUGCCACACAAGAACAUCGUGCAUUUGAUCCGACUGACAAUCAAAGAAUGUAAACAAGAGGUCAUUGAAUCAGCUGCUUCCUUGGAACCACGCCCACGACGAUGGAUCUAUCGCAUCAUUGCCAUCACUAUCCUACUCACCCUGCCAGCCUACUUGUGGUUUGUAAGCGUCAACCUGACAACCAUGUCCACCCUCACCGCCAUUUACAACACCGGGUGUUUCUUUGCCUAUCUAUUCUCCAUCAUCAUACUCGGGGACCCCAUCAUGAGAUCAAAGGUCAUGGCCGUAUUGUUAUGCAUCAUCGGUGUCGGCAUUAUGGCGUUUUGGGCCGACGACAAUGACAAUGAUAAUGGUGACGACAAGUCGGGUAUUAUGGGUCUACUUGGUAUUCUUGUUGCUACAACAUGUGCUGCCACCUAUGGAUUUUACGAGGUGUUUUACAAAAAGAUUGCUUCUCCUCCUCAGCCCUCUGUUCUUUUUGCCAACGUGGUUACCACCGGCAUCGGAUUGGCGACAUUGUUGUUGCUAUGGAUACCGAUCCCAUUGUUGCACUGGACCGGAUAUGAAACAUUUCAAAUGCCUGAUCCCGCUACUUUUGGCUAUAUUUUGUGCGUCGGCUCCAUGAGUGUCAUUUACAACGCCACCUUCAUGUGUGUCAUUUCCUUGGCCAACCCCGUAUUUGCUGCCGUGGGUGUCAUGCUCACGGUCCCUGCUGUUGCUAUUGUUGAUGUCCUGGUGACUGGUGUCAUGAUCCCCACAGCUACCAUUGUUGGAAGUAUUCUUAUCUUAGUCGGUUUCUAUAUCCUUAAUCGUGACAUGAAGGAGAACAAUGAUGAUGAUCAAUAA